GCAGACUCCAAAUCCUUGAACACCUCCCUCCUCCACCUGCUCCACCUCAGAGAGAAGAUGCUGUGCGCCUCCCCCCUGCUGCUGCUCCUCGGCCUCUGCGCCGCCGCCGCCGCCUUCCAGCUGCCGCCGGAGGAGGCCGCCCCCCGCCGGGCGCGCUUCUCCGCCAACACCCCCGGUGAGGUGACUCGAUGCCUGAACAGCGCCGUGGCCGUGGGCUGCGGCUUCUUCUCCUGCCUGGAGAACUCCACCUGCGACACCGACGGCAUGCACGAGAUCUGCGAGCUCUUCCUGCAGUCCGCCGCCAGCUUCAACACGGAGGGAAAGACCUUCGUGAAGAGGAGUCUGCAGUGCAUCUCGCAGGGGAUCUCCAACAAAGUCUUCCAGGCCAUCCGGCGCUGCAACAUCUUCCAGAGGAUGAUCGCUGAGGUUCAGGAGGAGUGCUACACCAGUCUGGACAUCUGCACCGUGGCCCGCACCAACCCCAACGCCAUUGUAGAGGUGGUGCAGGUCCCCUCUCACUUCCCCAACAGGUACUACAGCACGCUGCUGCAGACGCUGCAGGCCUGCGACGAGCAGACGGUGGAGGCGGUCCGGGCCGGGGUCAUCGCCCGGGUGGGUCCCGACAUGGAGACCUUCCUCCAGCUGGUCCAGAACAAGCCCUGCCCCCCCGGCUCCACGCGCCCCGCCUACAGCAACCCGUCCAGCUGGAGGAACAUGCCGGUGUUCAACAUCCAGCCCAGCUUCACCGACCGGGACCCCACCCACCUGUUCGCCAGGAGGUCCGUGGAGGACCAGGACAGGCAGGGGGCGGUCCAUGCCGAAGACUAGACGUCUUCAUCAGCACGCUGACACCCCCCACAGAAGAAAACUGUAGAUUUAAGACGACGGUCUCUUAGUCCAUCCACAGACUUUCUGAACACUUAUUCUAAUGGAUAUUUAUUAACCUGACUUAUGAGGGGGGGGGUUAGUUCAGGGGGAGGGCCGUGGGGGUCAGGAGCUCCACGCUGGACGUGAAGCUCUCUCCACUACUACGGCCCAAAAAUGUGGAGAAGGAGAUGAAAAUGUGCCGUUUGUUUCAGAAAUAAAUCUUGUAAUACGGUCAAAAACGUUGCUGUCAGGAAUUAUUGCUCAUCAAUAAACAGGAAAAACAGAAAUUC